GUCAGUUAGCGCGGCGGGUGUGGGAGACUUGGAGCUGUCAUGGGCGAGGCCCGAAGCUUGGCGGAUCCCAGCUUGAUCGUCACGUUCUCUGCUCGCUUUUCCCUCGUGUAAUUCUUCCAUUCUUCUCCCCUCUCGCCCUCGUCCUUGCUCGUCCUUCUGCAGCAAAAGUUGCGUCCCUGGCAUCCUCCAUCACCACCUCCCCCGUUCCUCUCGCCUGACACUCCACUUCUGUCUUUUUCUUGUCAUGCAUUGAGCCUGCAGCACUCCAGUGAACGCCCACUCUGAUCCUCCCAUUGAACGCGUCGCUCCAAGUGUCACCCACCCUAUCGCUAUCUUUUCCUGUCUGCCUGCCUGCCAAAACAACCACCCCCGCAUCUCCCGUGAAACAUGGAUGAAGGCGCGUCUUCUCGUCUGACAAAUACCCCCGAAGGCUCUGCCGGCGUCGACGAUAACAACCCCUCGUCGGCCGCCGCGAAGAACCAGGCCCUGAAGGAUCGGAAAUGCCAGUAUUGCAACCAGCCCUUCACCUCCUCCUCUCUCGGCCGGCAUCUGGACCAGUUCCUCUUCAAGAAGAAGCCCGAUGGCAUCCAUGAUGUCGAGGAGAUCAGGCGCAUUCGGAGCGGCAUCACGCGGCGUCAGGCCCGUACCUCCUCCGGCCGUCGGGAUAGUCCUGAACGGGCCACGGGCAAAGGCCAGCCGGACUCCUUCAACUCGGGCGAAUCGGGAACGAAGCCACGCGACGGCGCCUAUAGGAUGAUGUUCAACACGCCCACGUGGCAUGCCACCGGAGUCAUCAACGAUAUCCCCAACCCGAGCCAGUCGCAGGAUACCAGCUCCGCUCAAUCGCGCAUUGCGCCCGCGCAGGCCAGACCUGGUCCGCUGUCGUUUCCGGAGCGAGGCACCUCAAGCAACUCGGAUACCAUGAGAGCGUUGGAAUUGGCUUUGCGCGAGGUCCUGGAUAACAUCAAAGCCGCAACGUCCAGAACGCGCCCCAGACUCUCACCAUUCGAUUUUGACAUCCAGGCGCAAACCUUCCCUUCCCUCUGCCUGCAGUUGCUCCCUCCCCCGCAAAGUCUGUUCGCAACAAACCCUUUCCCAUCUCCCUCAUCCUUCCCUCUCCAGCCCCCAGGCGUGGAGCAUCUCGAUAUCGUCCGACAGGCGCUCCGCGCCAAGAUCGAACAAUGGAAAGUGGACCAGCGGUCCGCCGAAUCCAACCACAGUUCCCAACCCGGAAGACCCAACCUCGGCCUGGAUUCGAACAUGAUCAGCCGCAGCGCACAGCAGCACGAAGACCUCAGCCUACGACACCUGGAACUGGCGUUCAAACACUGGGUCUCGCUCCCCACGGAUGCCAAAAAAGACACAUGGCAACUCGAGAUCACCCGCGCAUUCGCCCGCGAGAUGGAAAAGCGCAAGUCGCUUGACGAUCAACUCGCGCGGGUCCAACAGGAGGCGAACCAGCUUCGCUCCCAGGUCGAGAGACUGGGAUCGUGCCAAUGGCCAAGGGAAUUCGCCAUCUUCCCCCCGGACACGCUCCCCCUCCCCCGGGACGUGGCCCGAGAACUCGACGCCCAGGAGAGCCAAACCGGCUCGCUCUCCUCCCGCUGGGACUACGACAACGUCGUCGCGAAAUGGAAACGCGUCGUCAUGCACGACAAAGGAAUGGGCCGCAUCGGCAUCGGCUACGCAACCCCGGACGACUACCGCGGCACCACAGGCACGGAUAGCAAACACCGUCCCAGCGACGACUCCUCAUCGCGAUCCAGGAUGCUGCAUCCCCCGCCAGCGCUGAGUCCCAGCGCCGGCGGCCCAUCGCCCUCCAACACCAACACCAGCGCCGGCGGCCCCUCCGCACCCCCCAGCCAACAAACCUCGCCGUAUCUCCCGCACGACCCCAACCGCAGCCCCGACGCCGGCCCCCACGCCAAGCGCCUCCGUCUCAUGAACGGUCACCACGCCGCAUCCCUACCGCACGCCCCUGAAGGUGCCCCAAACUCUGCUGCCCCUACCACUACCACUACCACCACCACAACAACAACAAAUCAAGCUCCCACCAUCACCUCCGGCCCGUCCCCUUGGACCGCCCCCCAACCCUCCACCAUAGCUUCCAACUCCACCUCCAACAGCACGUCCGCACCUACCCCCCCACCUUCCUGCACCGGAUAAUGAUGCUUGUAUUUGAGUCUGAUAAUCAAUCGAUCGAUCGAUCAAUCAAUCAAUCAAUGAAUCAAACAGUCUUGUAUCAUCUGCAUGUCAAGUUGUCCGGUAUCUACAUGAUUAUCAUCAUGUCCUGUGAUCAAUCAGUGGUUCAGUCAAUCAAUCGAUGUGUUGUAGAAUUUGCCCCCCCAAGUUCCUCCACCAUCACUACACUAUCCACUAUCACUACUAGCACAUGUGUGCACGCUGUGGCGCUUGGUAUCAAGCUACAUCACAGUACAUACGAUGCAGUUUCCAUGCCAUUCGAGGUCGUGUCGUUAUACAUUAGCUGUGUAUAUAAUCAUCCUGCUGACAGAUUUGGAAUCCAUGUCCGUGUCCGAAUAUAGCAUAGUAUAUACUGUGUGUUUUUUUUUCUCUCGCUAUCUCUCUCAUGUGCCAAAUGCUCUUUCUU